AUUACCGCUCCCUUCCGAAAGGUCACGGAACAUGAGCAGACAACCACGUGGUCUGCAUCCAGAAAAUUCUACCAUCUGAUGCAAGCUAUCUAGUAUCGAAAUGGCACAGGCAUUCAAGCGUUUCUUGCCGAUGUUCGACCGUGUACUGGUGGAGAGGUUUCUCCCGGAGGUGAAGACGAAGAGCGGGCUGAUGUUGCCGGAGAAGUCCCAGGGCAAGGUAGUGGAGGCCACUGUCGUCGCCAUCGGGCCAGGAUCCAGAUCUGAUGAAGGGAAGACCAUCCCAAUGAGUGUUGGCGUGGGAGACAAGGUGUUGUUGCCAGAGUACGGAGGAACCAAGGUGGUCCUGGAGGACAAGGACUAUUAUCUGUUCCGAGAUGGUGAUCUGCUGGGGAAGUUCAACUCUUCGUAACGUCAGUGCUUCAGGACUAUUUUGUACUGUGCAGAUAUACAGAGUAGCUGUCAUUGUGUUGUGUGAGUGUCGAGAACAUGAAUACAUGUUGUAGUGGAACUAUUUGCUGGCCAAGUUCGGUACCAAACAGAGGGAAGAGGUACUGUGGAGAAUGGAAGGAAAUUGCAUUUAUCAUAUAUUCAAGGGUCAUGUCAUUAUCAGAUGAAAAUUAAAAAUUUAUGGAUAUUGUU